AUGAUUGCUAUCGGCCUAGAGGGGUCCGCCAACAAGCUCGGCGUGGGCAUCAUGCUGCACCCGAAAGAUGGCAGCCCCGCCCAGAUUCUGUCGAAUAUCAGGCACACUUAUGUGCCUCCACCGGGUGAAGGCUUUUUACCAAAGGACACGGCACAGCACCACCGUGCGUGGUUUGUCAAACUCGUCAAGCAGAGCCUCAAAGAUUCCGGCGUGCGGGUGGAAGAUGUCGACUGUAUUUGCUACACCAAAGGACCUGGCAUGGGCGGCCCUCUUCAGAGCGUCGCCGUUGGAGCACGUAUGUUAAGUCUUCUUUGGGGGAAACCUUUGGUUGGUGUAAAUCACUGUGUUGGACAUAUUGAAAUGGGGCGCCAAGUAACUGGUGCGUCUAAUCCUAUUGUUCUAUAUGUCUCUGGUGGCAAUACACAAGUCAUAGCGUAUAGCUCUCACCGCUAUCGCAUAUUUGGAGAGACACUUGAUAUCGCGGUUGGAAACUGUUUAGAUCGAUUUGCCCGGGUACUAGGUAUAUCCAACGAUCCUGCGCCGGGAUACAAUAUCGAACAACUCGCCAAAAAAGGUGCGCAGUUAGUAGAAAUACCGUAUGCUGUCAAAGGCAUGGACUGCUCCUUUUCAGGUAUCUUAGGACAUAUAGAAACCCUGGCAAAUUCCUUAGGAUUGAACGGAGUCUCAGGGGGUGCUUGCGAUGAUGCUGCCCAAAACGACUUGGAUGGUAACAGCCAGUCUAAUGGCAAAAGCAAAAUUACUCAGGCAGAUUUAUGUUUCUCGUUACAGGAGACUAUAUAUGCUAUGCUGGUCGAGAUUACAGAGCGGGCCAUGGCGCACGUUGGUUCCAAAGACGUCCUUAUUGUUGGCGGCGUUGCGAGCAAUGAGCGAUUGCAGGAAAUGAUGGGCAUUAUGGCGCGCGAUCGAGGCGGCAACGUAUUCGCCACGGACGAACGCUAUAGUAUUGAUAACGGUAUUAUGAUUGCCCAGGCAGGCCUGAUGGCCUAUAAGCAGGGUUUCAGAACGGAACUCGAGGACGCGACGUGCACUCAAAGAUUCCGGACAGAUGAUGUGUUUGUCACUUGGAGAGAUUGA